AUGGCAUCAAAAUACCCCAACACCACCAUCUCAACCCCAGACGAAGCACCAAAACAACAAAAAUGGCUCCACUGGCACGAACCCAACACCUCCCCCGCCGACAAAAAACUCAUCCUCAAACUCGACUGGUUCCUCCUCAGCUUCAGCUGUCUCUGCUUCUUCAUCAAACAACUCGACGGGAACAACGUCACCAAUGCCUACGUCUCCGGCAUGUCCGACGAGCUCGGGUUCGGGCCAGGCAAUGAGCUCAGCUGGAUGAAUACGUAUUUCAACAUCGGGCAGAUCCUGGGCGGUCCGGUGUCGAAUCUUGCGUUGACGGUUGUUCGGCCGCGGUUUUGGUUGCCGGGUUGUUUGGUGGUGUGGUCGGUGUUUGUGCUGUUUUUGUUCAAGUGUGAGAAUGCGGGGGAGUUUUAUGCGUUGCGGUUCUGUAUUGGGUUCUUUGAGGCUGCUGCGUGGCCCGGGAUUCAGUAUGUGUUGGGGUGUUGGUAUAGACGGUCGGAACUGUCGCGGAGGAGUGGGCUGUUCGUCAUGUCUGGGGUGCUGGGGCAGAUGUUUUCGGGGUAUCUGCAGGCUGCGUUAUUCAAGGGGAUGGAGGGGAAGGGAGGGAUGUCUUCGUGGCGGUGGCUGUUCAUCUUUGACUUUAUCCUCGCUAUCCCAGUGGCUUUGUAUGGCUUCAUCUUCUACCCCGACACACCGCAAACGACCGCUGCAUUCUACCUCUCCGACUGGGAGAGAACACGCGCUCGACAGCGCAUCGACGAAGAAGGACGCACACCAGUGGGAAAGCUCGAUCUCAGCGUGUUCAAACGCGUCUUCCAAUCCUGGCAGCUGUAUACAUUCUCCCUCGGAUAUGCGCUGUGGACACUCACGUGUGGCUCAUACGUGCUGCAAUACUUUAGCAUCUGGCUUAAAUCCCUCGACACAUACUCUGUCCCUCAGAUCAACAAUAUCCCCACCAGCAUGAGUGCAGUCAAUCUCAUCUUCAUGCUCUGCACAGGCUAUAUAUCCGAUCAGAUCGGACGACGAGGUCCUGUCUGUUUUGUUGUCGGCUGUAUUCUCACCUUUUCCUUUGCAGUCUUCACCGCGUGGCCGUCUUCAGACAAUCUCAAAAUGGCCGCAUUUAUCAUAUCCGGUUGCUAUGGAUGUUACACGCCCCUGUUAGCUGGCUGGGUGAAUAGUUCCUGUGGUGGUGAUCAGCAGUUACGGGCGUUUGUCCUCGCCUUUAUGGUCAGUGUUGGACAGGCUGUCGUUAUUCCGUUUCAGCAGCUGCAGUUUCCCAGCGGUGAUGCUCCGACCUUCUCCAAAACACAUGGCUGGGUGGGCGGGCUUUGCUUUGUGGUUGUCUUGACGCUAUGGACGGGAUUUGGAAUUGAGGCUGUACAGAGAUGGAGGGCAGAGGAAGAUGUAGAUGAGGUUUAA